GAAGCGCACAAAACAGCCGCUAGCUAGCAGGGCCGUCAGUUUCAUCGGUCGUCCGUGCUGAGCGGAUGGAUAAUGUGGCUCUCGAGAUAAUGCGCACCUGAAGCAGCAUGGCUCUAGUCCUGCACGUCCACUCGGCCCAGGGAUUCAGAACGAGGAGCGAGAGGCGAGUCAAGGCAAGUUUCAGAGGUGUGUCUCAUUACACUAAAGUCAUUGAAAACACCAACGGUGAUGUCAUUUUCGAUCAAUGGUUCGAAUGGCCGGUGGGAAGUCCUGUGCAGAGCCAUGAAGUACUGGAAAUUGUUCUACUCAACUACAAUAAAUACUUUUCAAACAAAAUUGUUGGUACUUACGGUCUAGUUCUUCAGAAACUUAUUGAGGAUGGUCAUUUACGAGUGUCAGAUUCUUUGGUGGAUGUUAACAACAUGCCAACCGAGAUCGUGUUGCUAUUUGAUGUCAGCUACAACGCCCCGGACGGCUCGGUUGGCGAAUGGAGCACGUCCGCGAUGCAAGGUGAGAGCUUCGAAGAUGACCGGCAGGCUCUGAUCGUCAUCGAGCACAACAUUGCCAACUUGGAAAGGUCCAUCAAUAACCGGCAACAACAGCAGCAAGCAGCCCAGGAAGUGGACUACCACCUGCCGCCCAGGAAUAGUGGAUCAGCCCUAAGCCUCGUGUCCCCUAGGUCGCCUGAAAGGAAGAGGUGCGUCACCAACACCAGAUCACUUCCGGCCACAAUGCGAAGCCUAGCCAGCAUGAUGAAAUUAGGGAAGCAGCGUCCACCUCCGGAAGAGGACGAGAGGAAGUCGCUCAAGGACUCUGACCAGCUGGAAUAUGGCUCGACGCAGACACUUAACAUGCGUGGUGGCGACAAUAUAUAUGUGACCGGAUCUUCGGACGAAGACGACAGGAUGCUUAGGCCGUUUGACGAAUGUAGUUCCGAUACAGCGGCGCCUUAUUCUAUUAACACACCCGUUGUGCUCAAAAAGUGGGCCGCGGCAAGCAGGAGAAAAUCAGAAGAAUCCCCGGCUAAACUCAAAGCUCAAGAUUUCCAGGUCUGCGUGACCGUGAUAGAAGCUCGCCACUUGGCUGGUCUCAACAUGGAUCCCGUCGUCUGCGUCCAGGUUGGAGAUCAGAAAAAAUACACUAGUGUCAAAGAAUCUACAAAUUGCCCCUAUUACAAUGAGUAUUUUGUGUUUGAUUUCCACAUGGCUCCAAUGAUGUUCUUUGAUAAGAUGAUUAGUUUAACGGUACUCCAUUCAAGGAACAUCAUUCGAUCCGGGAAGGUGAUAGGCACUUUCAAGUUAGACGUCGGAACUGUUUUCGCUCAAGCUGACCACCAGUUUUAUCACAAGUGGGCCCUGCUGACAGACACUGAUGACAUCAGCGCUGGCCCCAAGGGUUAUCUCAAGUGUGACAUUUCAGUGGCAGGAAAGGGUGACACUGUCAAGCCACCGCCAAAAAGUGAAAAAGACGAAGACGACAUCGAAGCAAACCUAUUAUUACCUGCCGGUGUUCCUGCAGAGCGCCAGCAUGCGAGGUUUAUUGUUAAGAUCUACAGAGCUGACGGUUUGCCAAGAAUGAAUGCAGGAAUUGUUGCCAACGUUAAAAAGGCUUUUACGGGUGAAGCUCGUGAUCUUGUUGAUCCCUAUGUCCAAGUAUCGUUUGCUGGACUCACUGGUAAGACAUCCGUGAGGAAGGGUACAUGCUGCCCUACUUGGAACGAGCAAAUCGUCUUUACGGAGAUGUUCCCUCCCCUCUGCCAGAGAAUCAAGAUUCAGCUGCGGGACAACGACCCCGUCAACGAUGCCGUCAUCGGCACGCACUUUGUAGAACUCUCUAAAAUUUCCAACGAAGGCGAGAAAGGUUUCUUGCCUACUUUCGGUCCUUCCUACAUCUACCUGUACGGUUCCCCUAGAGAUUAUUCUUUGUUCGAUGAGCACACUCCACUGAACGACGGCCUGGGCGAAGGCGUUAUGUACCGGGGCAGGAUCCUGAUGGCCGUGAAGACGGAAAUCUUGGACACCCUGGACGCUACCCCGUCCUGCGUCGAAGUGGAGAUGGCCAACCCAGUUACUGAAGGAUGUUUUGGACGCAAUGACGAAUUCCUUCUCUUUGGCUGCGUACUCGAGUCGUCCAUGAUCGACAGGAAAGUGGGAGAAAAGCCUAUCUACUUCGAAAUUACUUUAGGAAAUGCCGGCAACACCCUUGACGGAUAUCGUUCCGCCAGCAGAGGAGAUGAUGAAGACCUCGACUCUGGGUCGGAUUCUGGAGAUGGAUCUUUCUAUGGCGAAACGUCUUGUCCUAUUCAGUCCACCACUCCUCCUCUCAAACCAACUUCUAGAGAUAGACAGUAUUAUUACCUGCCAUACGGAGAUAAUAAGCCUUGCAUCUGGGUUCGUAGCAUUUGGCAAGAUCACAGAAGAAGAAUGUACAACUCGAAUGUUUUGGCAAACAUUGGAGACAAGCUGGAAGAAGGCCUAACGGACGUCCAAGAAAUGAUUCGUCUGGAGAAACCGAACGUUGACAAAAGAUUAAGAGGUGUCCUUGAGGAAUUAGUGGCCGGAUGCAAUCGUUUUCUGAGUAUCGUAAAGGGAGCUGGAGGUAGUGCCUCAACGAAGACAAAACUGGACAAGGAAAGAACUAAACUUCUUCAGAGAGAGCUGGAUCACAUUGGCACCAUUGCUCGCACGAUGAAGCCCCUGGUGACGAAGAACACCAUCAAAGAAAAACUCAGGACUGCUCAAGGAUUCCUGAAGAAAAUCCGAGACCUCACGGAAGACCCGCAGCACGUUCUGCCGGACGUCUUCGUCUGGAUGAUUAGCGGGGGAAAAAGAGUUGCCUACCAGCGACUGAGCGCCAGGGAGCUCAUGUUCUCUAUUGUGGAAGAAGAGAGCGGGAAAAACUGUGGAAAAGUGCAGACGCUCUUUCUGAAGCUGCCAGGUAAGAAAGGCGACGGGCCAGGAGGGUGGACCAUACAGGCAAAACUUCAAGUCUAUCUGUGGUUGGGACUCACCAAGCACAAAAAGCAUUUCCUGAAAGGCCUACCGAAAGGCUACGAUAGCUCCGUAGAAAUCAGAAAUGCAGAAAAACUCCAGUCUGCACCGCCAUCUUUUAUACGAUAUUCAGAAAAACAAGUGUUCGAGCUUCGAUGUCACAUGUAUCAAGCAAGAUCUCUCAUUGGUUCCGAUGCCUCGGGGCUCUCGGAUCCUUUUGCGAGAGUUCUGUUUUCUGAUCAAAGUCAGACGACCCAGGUAAUAGAUGAAACGCUGAGUCCAACUUGGGAUGAAAUGCUUCUUUUUAACGAUGUCGUCGUCUACGGCAACAAGGAGGACAUCAAAGAAGAUCCCCCGGUGAUCGUUGUCGAGAUUUUCGACCAGGACAAAGUGGGUAAAUCUGAAUUCAUCGGUCGGACUAUAGCCAGACCGCAUGUCAAAUUUUCAGAUGAGCCUUACUGCAAACCCGAAUUUCCCCCUCAGUUGGAAUGGUACGACAUUUACAGAGGGUCUGAACAAGCUGGCGAACUGCUCGCUACGUUUGAGCUUCUUCAGCUGUCUGAAUCGGACGAAAAAGGAGCAGUUCCUGACUUGCCCAAACCCAAAGAAAAUGUCUGGAGAUCAGAUAGAGGCCCGAUUCUUCCAGUACCAGCAGUUAUACGACCGACGCUUUCUAAAUACAGAAUUGAAGUUCUAUUCUGGGGACUUCGAGAGCUGAAACGUGUCCAUUUGAUGACUGUGGACCGCCCUCGAGUGGACAUAGAAUGCGCCGGCCACGUACUCCAAUCUUCCAUUAUACUGAAUUACAAGAAGAAUCCGAAUUUCUCAACCCCUGUCAAGCAUUUUGACGUAGAGUUACCCGAUCAAGAGAUGUAUUGUCCACCUCUGACCAUCCGAGUGAUGGAUUGUCGAAGUUUUGGCCGUUUCACCCUGGUCGGAACACACGUCAUCAACUCGCUCCAGAAGUACGUCUUUAGGCCUCUCACUAAGAAAGAAAGCAAUAUGUCUCGGUAUUCAAGUAAUCAAAUGCUAAUGGUGCAAACCGAUGAAGUCAUCAUAGACAUCGACGGCGCUAGUCCAAUGGCUCCAAAGGAAACUCUUAUCAUUCUAGAUUUUGGCGGAAAGAAAAAAGACCAGAAGACGGAGUCCAACAAGAAGAAGAAGAGUCAAACUGAAGAAGAGAGCAUCGAAGACGAUGAAGAGAAUAAAGAUUGGUGGACCCGCUAUUUUGCCUCCUACGAAGCGAUGAUUAAAGAAAAAAGUCAGGUGACCACAGAUAGCGUCAAUAGCCUUGGAGCUAUGAACGGCGAUGCCAACGUCUGUUCAGAUGAUGGUGGCGAAGAACUGAGCCUCAAAGAAACCCGGAAAGUAGAGAAAGAAAUCCAAAGAUUGGAAAACCAACACCAGCCUCCUCAACCCCAACAAAAAAGGACGCUUAAGGGGACGUCCACGGCUGUUCGACUGGCUCAACGACUGUCCCCAAAAUCGCAUAGGAAGCUGAUGACAGACGAAUCUCUCAUCAAAAUAUACCCUUGCGAGCUAGAGAACGUGAUUGAUUUUGGGGGAUUCAAAGAGUGGCUCCACUCCUUUGAAUUGUAUCGAGGAAAAAGGACGGGGGAUGAAUUGGAAGAUUCGAACAGAAUAGUGGGUGUUUUUAAAGGAUCCUUAAAAGUGUAUAAAACACCUUUACCAAAAGAUAUCCAAGAUCCUUACCUGACCAUUACUGAUCCCUCAGCAGGUUUGUUUCAAGGAUUACCCAGUAACGAACCUAUUCAUGUACUUGUUCGUGUCUAUGUCGUCAAGGCCACAGAUCUACAUCCGGCAGAUUUGAAUGGCAAAGCUGAUCCCUACAUUGUUAUUAAUCUCGGCAGCAAAAAGACAAAUGAUAAAGAAAAUUAUAUAUCGAAACAGUUGAACCCAGUUUUUGGAAAAUGUUUCGAAUUCGAAGCUACUUUCCCUCAGGACUCCUUGCUCAAUGUCCAGAUCUAUGACUGGGACCUGUUGGGAUCGGAUGAUUUGAUUGGCGAGACAAAAAUAGAUCUCGAAAAUCGCUUCUAUAGCCGACACCGAGCCACUUGUGGAUUAGCACAGAAAUACGCAACCUCUGGGCCCAAUCAGUGGAGAGAUCCACUGAAACCAACACAGAUUUUAGCCAAGCUGUGCAAAGAUUUGAAAUUAGAUGGUCCUUACAUCAUGCACAAUAGAAUUAGAAUAGGAAACAAAGCUUUCACUUUCCAAACGGACGGAGAUACAGACGCGGAGAAGCUGCACGAGGAGCACAUGGCGCUGUCCGUUCUGCACCGCUGGCACGAGAUACCGCGAGCCGAAUUCAAGCUGGUACCUGAGCACGUCGAGACGCGCCCUCUCUACCAUCCGGAUAAGCCCGGCAUCGAACAGGGUAAACUCGAAAUGUGGGUCGACAUGUUUGCGAUGGACAUGCCCUUGCCAAAACCUCCCACCGAUAUAUCACCCAGAAAGCCAAACAGCUACGAGCUUCGAGUAAUCAUCUGGAACACGGACGACGUGGUUUUGGAAGAUGAUGCUUUCUUUACUGGGGAAAAGAUGUCCGACAUAUAUGUCAAAGGAUGGCUUAAAGGACCGGAAGACACACAGUGUACUGAUAUUCAUUACAGGUCGUUGACGGGAGAAGGCAACUUCAACUGGCGCUUCGUCUUUCCCUUCGACUACUUGCCCGCCGAGGAGAAGAUCGUCAUCUCUAGGAAGGAAUCGCUCUUCUCUUGGGACGAGACCGAGUGCAAGAUCCCGGCGAGGCUGGAGCUGCAAGUGUGGGACGCGGACCACUUCUCAGCAGAUGAUUUCUUAGGUGCCAUUACCCUGGACUUGAAUCGUUUCCCGAGAGGGGCGCGAUCAUCCAAGCUCUGUACCCUGGACAUGCUCAAAACAGAUGGCAGCGUGCCACAAGUAUCGCUGUUUAAACAACGCCGCAUCAAAGGAUGGUGGCCGUUCUUCAUCAAGAAGGAUAACGACGAAAUGGAACUCACGGGUAAAGUAGAAGCAGAGCUACAGUUGCUUUCGAAAGAAGAAGCAGAGAAGAAUCCUGCUGGUCUGGGUCGAAACGAGCCAGAUCCUUUAGACAAACCUCAUCGCCCCGAUUCAACGUUCAUAUGGUUCCUAAACCCCCUCAAGUCUAUCCGGUACAUCAUCUGGCACAAUUACAAAUGGGUUAUCCUGAAAUCCUUACUCUUCGCUGCCCUUGUCCUCAUUGUCCUGCUCUUCGUUUAUUCCUUCCCAGGGUACACCAUGAAGAGAAUCCUCGGGGCAUGAAAGAGUCAUUCUAUCAUGGAUUUUAUUGAAUUUUUCCUGGCCGCUGAAAGCUCUGUCUCUUACAUUACAGAAACUGAGCUUUCAAGGCAUCCUUUCAAAUACUGCCUCCCUGAAUUUGAACGGGAUUCCUAUAGUGUGAUUAGGAUAGAUACAAGUAUUAGUCCCAGGGCGUUGGAGGAUCAUAUUUUAUUUUACAAACCUUAAGAGCAUACACAUUGCUUAUAAGGUCAUUUCAACGGCCAAAAUGAAUAUAAUCAAAAACUAAAGAAUGGACACAGCAUGCUGAGGAAAAUAAAUGUGAUCGUGAAAUACAAUGUCUAUUUUGCUCAAAGCUAUUUAUCGAACAAGACAAGAACGCAUUACUGACAUGAAAAAAAUCUAUAUUUUGAAAAACAGGCCAAUAUUUUGGAAGAGAAAAUAAUAUAUAAGCAAACGCAAGAACUAGAUGGAUGUACCACUUAUCAAAUGCUUAGGUAGAUAUUUGUCUUCGACGUUUAGCCAAUGGAUAUAUUUUUCAUUUUGUUUGGUUUUAUUUAUGAGGUCAACGUUUAGAGAAAUGAUAAUAAUGCAUCUUGGCUUUCAUAGGCAGUAUUUAGCCACAAGAAAAGAGAAACGAUCCGCUCCAUAGCAAUUUUUUCUUUAAAAAGAAUGCUUAAGCAAAUGAAUGCUUUCCCUCAAAGUAUAUGUGUACAUAGGUUUAAAUAAUAUCCCUGACCAUGAAAUUCUAGGGGUCCAAGGCAACAAACAAAAACAUCCCAAACAUAAAAGAUGUUCCUUUUUUUUCUAAAUCUCCUUUACACAAUAUCGACUUCAAACGAUGCAAAAAGUAUUUUCUUAUACAGUCACUUUAAACACAAACGUAGAAUUCUUCAUAAUUGCACAUUAUCACAAUUUAAGAGAUAAAAACAGUCAGAAAUUACUAACGAAAUAGAAUAAAUUUUUGAUUCCAAAAAAGGAGGUUUCGAAUAAGGAACAUCUAUUCUUUUGAAGAGCUAUAAAUGUUUUCCUCGACGCAAAGUGUGUUUUCUCAUAUCUUUGUGGAUUGCUGUAUAUAACAUUUCGGAAGAAAAAUCUUGUACAGAGGUAUUUCUAUAUAUAUACAUAUAUUCUCUAUCGAUCUAUCUCUCUCUAUAUAUACAUAACCUAUAUUUGCGUACAAAAUAACCACUCUUUAACACGUUGUUUGUUCUCCGCACCUUCUUGUUCUCUUAUAGCAAUACUAUUUGUACAGAGGAAGGUUGUGAGGGGAGAUGACAGAUGCCGGGACGUUUUGACUAAGUAGCUGUCGUCUGUCUGUCUGAGCUCCGAUAAAAAAAAUUUUUAAGUAAAAUUUCAGAAAAACAGACGAUAAAUUCAAAUAAAAAUUAAUAAAUGAAAAUUUAAAAAUUUCAGAAAAAUAGACAAAAAAGAUAUUUGCUGCUUGCAAAUAUCUAUUUUUUAACAAAAAAAUACAUAAAAUAACAAUAAAUAACCCCAGAGGGGAAAAAAAGACCUUGUUCAUAUAUAUGUGUAGAAAAAAGUCGAACAACCCAAAACUGACUAUGUCAAUCAAUGAUGCUGUUGUCCAUCAGAUAAAGCAGAUCUGCUACCAUUUAGUAACAUCAGAAAUAAAAGAAAUACAAUAAAUAACUUUUGGAAAUAUAAAAUCAAUGAAUUCAACAAAUUUUAAAUUGUGCGACUCACUGUCAGUAUCAGAAAAUAAAUUCUUAUUAAUAUAUAAAAUGAUUCUAAGAAUAUAAUCAAAUAUAGAUAAAAUAAUAGUUGACACGUAUAAAGGAUAGUAUAAAAUAAAAAAUAGAGAUAGUAUAAGAUAUAUAAAUUAAUAAUAUAAAUAGUAAAGUAAAAGACAAACGAAUAUAUAUGUAAGAUAAUAAUGGCUGUAGUUCAGUGGUGCCACAAAUUUGUUAGAGGCAACUAUAUAUCCAAUAAAAAAAAAAAAAAAACAUGGAGUUCCAAAUCAUCAUUAACAUCCAUAAUUCAAAAUUUCGCAUUUCUAUAGCAUUAAUUAAAAGUUCUUUUCAAGUCUAGCUAUAAUCAUAGUAAAAGGUAAGCAAAAGACACUCAUUUGGGCAGCAGUAAAAGUUCAGUGGGAAAAUAUAUAUUUCCCUUUAGAUGGAUAUUAUUAAAUCUGAAUUUCUGAUUUAUCAUGCUAAAGAAGUUGGCAACGAUUCUAGAAUCAAGAAUCCUGAGAGCGCAUUUCGAUAUUUAAAACAAGAAAAUCUAAAUGGAUUUAACAAUUGGAAUAAUUAUUAUAAAAUAAAUUUAAUAAUGCACGUUUUAAAAACAUUUUAAGAAAUUCCAGCGUUUGUAAACAGUAAAUAAAUGUGUAUAAUGUAGAAGAUACAGUGCCUUGGCAAGUUUUUCCAAAAAUAUAUAUAAUUUAUUCUGACACAAAAUAUGACUCCUCUUAAACAUGAAAUCAUUUGCAGAAUAUCCUAUUGCCUCCUGUGGAAUUUCUAAUGUACAAGCGAUUUCUAAAUUUUUAUAUAUACAAUGGAUAAAUUAUGGACACUAGAUUAAUAUAAAACAAAACAUAAACAUCAUUGCUUUCAAUAAGUUCGGACACAAUUUAUGAAUAAUUAAUUGCUUCACAUUACUAAUAAUGAACACUAUACAUAAAGUUGAAAUUAUAAAAUACAAAUAUUGAGAACGAAUUAUUUUUUUUAAAAAAAUUACAGACUUAGUAAAUGGAAAUUAAUUAAUGAAUUGUUCAUUUAUAUGUGUAGUUAUAAUUUUUUUACGAUUUAAAAUUAGCAUUUAAAAAAUUUAUACAAAUUUGUAAUUAGUAAGAUCUAUUAAAUAUAUAAUAGCUAAAAUUUUUAUAGUAAAAUUAAGUACUACAUUGAAAAUUUAUCAAUUAUUUAGACGAUUUCAAAGGAUAGACAGACGACUCUGCAUGUCAAAAUGAAUAGCUGCAAUCUAUUUUUUUUUUCUCUCGAUGUUAUAUCAACUUUGUGAUAUAUCGAACAAAACGCGUCUGAGAUCUCAUACCAUGUGGAAAUUUAACAAUACUUAAAAGACGCGUCAAUUACAUAUCAGUGUGUUUAUAAAGUACAUAUAAUAAAAUAAAAAUUAUGCAUCUCAAAAGAUAUAUGCUUAACCAUAUAAAUAUAUGAGUAUGGCUAUAGAAUAAAAUAUUCUAUAGCUGUGGCAUAUGAAAGCUAAUAAGAUAAAUUUUUGUUAUAAAAUGGCGCAAUUAAAAAUGAAAUAUAUUUUCCCCAAAACUCGAUCAAACUUGACAGUUAAACAAGUUAUUUUACUAAAUAACUUAAGGAUGUUUUCCAUAACACCAAGACAUUUUUUGGAUAAUAAUGCAAAAAAAUUCAUUACAAGGAAAAUUUUGCAGCAAUUUAAAGCCUCUCUAACUUUAAGCAUCAGAUUACUUAAGCAAAAAUAAUAAAUAUUUUUAUAACUAGUCAUUUGUUUUUAUUUUAUUAUAAAAAUUAAUAUUUUUCAUCAUGCAUGAAAAGAGUAUGACAAUAUGGAUUUGUUAAGUGCAAAGAAACGCACAAUUAAUCCAAUAUUUUCAAAACUAUUUUCUCACAUUCAUUAAGCAAAUAAAACAGAAGUCCUUUAAAAUUCUCAGCAGUAAAAGACAGAAUUGUGAUCUGCAUAUGUAUGAGAUCAACCAUUGUAUAUUGAAAUGUCAAUAUUUCAAUUGACCUCUAAAGUGUUCCUUAAAUUGUAUGUGUUAAAAAAAAUACAGAUUUAUGAAUCUUGUUUUAAAUAUGUGUGAUUGUAAGAGCGCUUAUAACUCGGCAAAGUUUCAACAUGCCUAUCCGCCUGUAUAUUCAUUAUAAAUAAAUGCAAACUUAUUGAA